CGCGUGCGCGCGCGUUCACUCGCGAACUGCACACACACGCGCGAGCGACGCUGUUGUUGACGGACCGUGAGUGGAUUCGGCUUGAAUAAUAUUACUGACCUACAUCUCUGAGACAGGCCUGCACAUUUGCGCAAACAUUUUGGUCGAAACGGCAAACGCGCGGAACGAAACAGCAGGCAGGAUGAGCAAAGUCCAGGGCGGCAUGAAAUGUGUCAAAUACCUGCUGUUCGUCUUCAACUUCAUAUUCUGGCUGUCGGGUUUACUGGUGUUGGCUGUGGGAUUAUGGUUAAGGUUUGACCCAAAAACGACCGACCUCUUAGCCGAAAAUGAUGCCCCUGAGCACUUCUUCAUUGCGGUGUACAUCCUGAUCGGAGCGGGAGGCGUCAUGACGUUGGUGGGCUUCUUCGGCUGCUUUGGGGCAGUGAGGGAGUCACAGUGUCUUCUGGGAUUGUUCUUCGCCUGCCUUCUUGUCAUUUUUGGCGCAAAGGUCGCUGCUGGGGUCUUUGGCUUUCUGAAUAAGGAUAAGAUCAUUGAGGAUGUUCAAAAGUAUUACCAGUCUGCUAUAGAAAUGAGCAACGGGACCGCUAUUACAUCCAUCUAUCACGAAGUGCUUGAUUGUUGCGGGACUGCAUCCUCUCGACCUUCUGAUCUGUGCACUAAUGGCAGUCCUGACACGGAUUGUGACAAAGCUAUAGAAGACUUCUUCAAAGAUAAACUCUUCAUAAUUGGAUAUGUUGGCAUCGGCAUCGCUGGAAUUAUGAUAAUUGGCAUGAUCUUCAGCAUGGUUCUAUGCUGCGCCAUUCGGAACAGCAGAGAAGUUAUUUAGGUUCCUCGCGGUUUCCCUCACCCAGCUGGACUGUUUCAAAGCCCACUGUCUUUGACCUCAUCAGACCAUCACAUUCAGGCUCGGGGGGCGGGUGGAGGUGGAGGAGCUCCCGUGAGGCAGUGAGGGUCUUGUGGUACUGUUUUGUGAUCAGCCUUCUAUUUCUGAUUGUUUCUGUCUUUUCUGUUCCCUCGCAUUGAUUGAUGAUGACCUCCACUGCAUGGACUACUACUGUAACCAAAUUAACCUUAACAUUUAUUUUGUCUUCAAUUAGUUAUUACUGAAUCAUCACCAGGGGAAUCUUCAGUGUACAUCUCACUUUUUUCAAACUUGAUCUCCCUUAAUAGAAAGUUCUUGAGUCUUUCAGUUCAGACGUAAUGAAAUUACAUUUACUUGCUGAUGUAAAUAAGCUCUCUGUUGCCUCACUGAUCAACUACUUUUCAUAUUAUUUUUAAUGUUAUUUAUUGUGUGAACUAGACCAUGUUUUAUGUGCUAAUAGAUAAUGGGUCAUGUUUAUUUUGCUAGUUAUUAAUGUUUUGAUUAUUGUAAUUUUGCCAUAUCAUAAAGAUACUGAAUGAAGCUGAGAAGUGGAUUGAGUCAACAUAAAGUCAACAUGAACUCAAAAUCAAACCCAUUUCAUUUUUAUUGUGUUCCUAGUUUUAUUGUGAAAGGUUCAAAUGAAACAAUUAGCUUCAUAAAUUUUCCUCAGGACUCAACUUGAUCUUUUUAAUGAAACUUUUCGGCCUCACAGCUUUUGAAUGGGCUAUUUGUUGAUGUUAACUAGGAAACUCCCAUAGGCCACCUUUUGAAAAAUCUUGCCAAUAUUAAUUUUAUGUUGGUUAAUGGUUAUGAUUACAGCAACAACAGAGUUGAAAAACUGGUACUGCUGAGAGGAAACUCAACUUUCAGCCUCCAGACAAUAACCACCUCAAAAUUGUUUGAUUCAUGUUGACUUUAAGUGUCAAUGGUUUGAUCUUUUUUUUUUUUUUGCUGGUUAAUACAUAUGGCUUCCCAUACUUGGUUGAUUUUGAAUCUGUAAAGUGCAAACACUUUUGGAAGAUAAAUGUCAUUUUCAACACUGCAAACAAACAAAAAAAACAUCUUAAGCAAAUCAAUUUCUUCUUUUAAUCUUUCUCUUCUACAGGUCUGUUCAGGAUUGUGACCCACUUGAUCUAUGUGCCUUUGUAACUGACAAAAAGCCCCAUUAUAAACAUGUUUGCAAUUACAAUAAUAUGGCCAUUUUUACAGUAGUUUUUUUUUUUUUACUCCUUCAUAGAAUCGUUGCAUGUAAAUGGCUUUGAAAUAAAAAUAUGGUCACAGGGCAUGAAAGCCUGAACAACAUUAAACAGCUCACACAAGUAAA